AUGUGGAGGAAGUUACUCAAGUAUACAGAGUUUGCUAAGUGUUUAUAUAGGGUGGAAGUUAAAAAUGGUCAGAAGGCUUCUUUUUGGCAUGAGACAUGGUCGCCUCUGGGUUGCCUUCGUGACAUUCUGAGGGAGGGAAGCUAUAUUGAUAUGGGAAUUCCACUCAAUGCAACAGUAGAUGCGAGUAGAAUGCAUAGAAGAAGACAUCAUCGGGUUGUUAUCCUUAAUAAAGUGGAGGAUGAGAUUGAGAAGUAUAGAGCUAGUUUUGUCAAUGAAGAGGAUGUUUCAUUAUGGAAGAAUGAGAAAGGGCAGUACAAAACGAAGUUCUCAACUGGUGAAACAUGGCAGGUGAUUCGGGAGAAGCAUCUACCUUGCCACUGGUACAAGGAGGUUUGGUUCAAAUAUGCCACACCGAAGUAUUCUUUUAUUUUAUGGGUUGCAAUGAAGAGUAGACUUGCAACAGGGGAUCACAUGAGACAUUGGAAUGGGUCUGUGGAUAGUUCUUGUGUCUUAUGUAAGGAGCCUUUGGAGACAAUAUGGAGCAUCUUUUCUUUGAGUGUGCUUAUACUACUCAAAUUUGGAGGGAGUUAA